CUGAGCGGCCCUCGAUCGGUCGCUGCGGCCGUCCCGCGUGGCCGCCAUGACCUGGAGCGCCUCGGCGCGGGGCGCGAACCAGCCGGACAACACAGCGUUCACGCAGCAGCGCCUCCCCGCCUGGCAGCCGCUGCUGUCGGCCAGCAUCACGCUGCCACUCUUCUUCUGCGCGGGCCUGGCCUUCAUCGGCCUGGGCCUGGGCCUCUACUACUCCUCCAACGGCAUCAAGGAGCUCCAGUACGACUACACCGGCGACCCGAGCACCGGCAACUGCUCGGUGUGCGCCGCCGAAGGCCGAGACCGCGCGCCGCCGCCCAACUGCUCGUGCGCCUGGUACUUCUCGCUGGCCGAGCUCUUCCCGGGCCCCGUGUACCUGUACUACGAGCUGUCCAACUUCUACCAGAACAAUCGGCGCUACGGCGUGUCCCGCGACGACUCGCAGCUCAGUGGGCUGCCGAGCGCACUGCGCAACCCGGUCAAUGAGUGCGCGCCAUACCAGUUCAGUGCCACCGGCCUGCCCAUCGCGCCCUGCGGCGCCAUCGCCAACAGCCUCUUCAACGACUCCUUCUCGCUGUGGCACCAGCGCCAGCCCGGCGGGCCCUACGACGAGGUGCCACUGGACCGCACCGCCAUCGCCUGGUGGACCGACUACCACGUCAAGUUCCGCAACCCGCCGCUGGUGAAUGGCAGCCUGGCGCUGGCCUUCCUCGGCACGGCGCCUCCGCCCAACUGGCACCGGCCGGUCUACGACCUCAGCCCCGACCCCAACAACACCGGCUUCAUCAACCAGGAGUUCGUGGUGUGGAUGCGCACGGCCGCGCUGCCCACGUUCCGCAAGCUGUACGCGCGCAUCCGCCAGGGCAACUACACUGCCGGCCUGCCCCGGGGCACCUACCGUGUCAACAUCACUUACAACUACCCGGUGCUCUCCUUCGGCGGCCAAAAGCUCCUCAUCUUCAGCAACAUCUCGUGGAUGGGCGGCAAGAACCCUUUUCUGGGUAUCGCCUAUUUGGUGGUCGGCUCCCUCUGCAUCCUCAUGGGCUUUGUCAUGCUGGUCGUCUACAUUCGCUACCAGGACCAGAACAACGAGGACGACGACGACGAGUGAUGCCUGCUUUCAAAGGAUCCUUCCUGAUUUUUGCCAAAAGUCUUGUGUGCAGCUUUUAGCGUCUCCCCCUUUGCCUGCAGCCGAUUUCAUGCUCACUUCAUCUUGCUUCCUGCUAUGGACGAAGGGCCCAGAGAAAGGAAUUAUCCCCUUCCUCUUGGAGGCUCUCUAACUGUCCUGC